GACCACCACGACUAUCUCCCCAAAGCCGAAGCACAAGCCCUCUGCGCGCAACACGACCUGCAGCCGUGGCGCGAGCGCACCCAGCGCCGCAAGAUCUACGAUAUGGUUCCGUUUAGCACGGAGCUAGACUGGAUGGAGAUCCGCAUGCACGAGCUAGACAGCCAAGUGGACUACUUCGUGAUAGUCGAGUCCACCGAGACCUUCACGGGGCGGCCGAAGCCCCUGCACUUCGCGGAACACUACAGCAACUUCUCGCGGUUCGCGCCCAAGAUCCUCUACCAUGCGCUGGACCUCUCUCCCUUGCGCCACAACACCACCUGGGAGCGCGAGGCCUACACGCGCAACGCGCUCUUCACCGGCGUCUUCCCCUCCCUGCUGGGCGCCGCGCGCCCCAACCCGGACGACAUCCUACUCGUCUCCGACGCCGACGAGAUCCCGCGGCCGGAGACGCUGACCCUCCUCCGCAACUGCGUCACCCCGCCGCGCGUCACGCUGCGCAGCCGCUUCUACUACUACUCGUUCCAGUGGCAUCACGUCGGCGCCGACUGGCACCACCCGCAGGCGACCGUCUACGCCGGGCUGGAGCGGACCCUGCUGCCCGAGGACCUGCGCAUGCACAGCGCAGGCAGCCCGACGGGGCUCGACCUGGGCAACGCUAGCUGGCACUGCAGCUCGUGCUUCUCGCGCGUCGCGGAGCUGGUCCAGAAGAUCCGCGGCUUCUCGCACACGGAGUACAACCGGCCCGAAUUCGUCGAGCCGCGCGAGAUCGUGCGCCGCGUGCGCCGCGGCCUCGACCUGUUCGACCGCCAGGGCCAGGACUACGAGAGGGUCGCCCGCGUCACGGACGUGCCCGAGUACCUGAAGCGGAAUGCCCGCCGGUUUGCCUUCUUGCUGGAUCGCGAUCCCGAGAAUGCCAACUUUGAGGACUAU